AUGAAGAAUUUAUGCAUUUUACAGUGGAAAGUGACCUUUCUCUCUGAUCACAGACCAGCACAUGUGUACUUUUAUUUGAUAAGCGUUCAUACUGGAUUACGGAGAGAUGCUGGCACAAAGUCAAACGUACAGUUUAUUGUAACAGGGGAACUUUGUGAUUCUGGAAUUCGUGUCUUAAAUGAUGAGAAAACAAAGGGAUUCUCUGCAUCAAGUGUGAAAAAGUUAUUCUUUGGAACAACAGAGCCUUUAGGUGAUUUAUUGUAUUUACGAAUAUGGCAUGACAACUCUGGUCCACCUGGAUAUCAAAGUUGGUUUUUGGACAAAGUAAUUAUCGACGAUUUGCAGAGCAGAGAUAGGUAUUUUUUUUAUUGUAACAAAUGGCUGGCUAUUGAUGAUGGAGAUUGCAAGCUCGAUCGCAUUAUUCCGGCAUCAGCACCCAAUCUUAUUUCUCCAAAAACGCGUCUAACGGACGAAACCCAGACUCAAAUUACGGAACACCAUUUGUGGUUAUCACUGCUUCUCCGUCCACGACAAAGUAAAUUCACACGUGUUCAAAGAAUCUCGUGCUUACUUGCCCUGUUAUGUUUGAUAAUGAUAUCAAAUGCCAUGUUUUUUCGAUCAUCCUCAGAGAACCAAAAUGUGGAUCAAGUGAAGUUCGGAGUUCUUCGAAUUUCGUCGCUAACAUUAUACGUGUCUUGUAUUGGAAUUUUAAUUUCAACUCUACCUGUUUUAUUUGCUUCCUAUGUGUUUAGACAUAUAAACAACGGUUUAAAAACAAAACAAAAAUCUUCUGAAUCUAAAAAUAUCGACAGACCUUAUAAGAGUAACGAUAACUUAGUUUCUCUGUCCGAUGUUGAUACUGAUGUUUUUCAACAAGAAGACGACAAAUUUCCUCAUUGGAUUUACUACGUGGCCUGGGUAAUUUUAGCAAUGUCCGUUAUUUCAUCCUGUUUUUUUUUAAUCCUAUACAGCAUGGAAUGGGGCGAUACGAAAUCAGAAGAAUGGCUUUCUUCCUUUGUUUUCUCUCUAGUGGAAUCCUUAGCCGUAGUCGAUCCGAUGAAAGUACUUAUUAUUGCAAUAACCUCUUCAAUUUUAUUCACAAACUGGAUGCAAGAAAACGCACCUAAAAUCAAUCUAUGGAAAUUAAGAAAACUAUCUUUGAUUUCGAGAAGAUUUCAAGAUACAAACAUUUCGGAGAUCGCUAAAUACGUACUUCCAACGUAUGAUUUGAUUUCCGAAGAGGAACGAAUGGACUUGAGGAAAAAAUGUCAAGAAAAAUCCAAAGCAACAUCAGCUCUAAGAAACCUUGUGUUUUUCAUCGUAUACAUCAUCGCAAUUUACUUAAUAAGCUACAAGGAACGGGACCAGAGAGCAUUUCAUUUAAAACAAAAUUUGGACAAUCAUCUUUAUUUAGGAAAGGAUGGAUUCUCAACUAUAACAGAUAAAAAAGGUUUUUAUACGUGGUUGAAUGAAACCUUUAUCCCAACGUAUUACCCGGUCAAUAAUUACGCAAGUAAACCCUUGGAGGUUGUAGAUCGUCAAUGGUUUCAAGAUAUGGCUAGUAUUCGUGUUGGACCUGCCCGGCUGCGACAAGUUCGAAUGAAGUCAGGUAGUUGUAAAUAUUCAAAGUUGGUUGGGACCUACCCAUGCAUAGAGACGUAUUUGGAACGAAAUGAAGACCAGAGUUUGUAUUGCUUGGAAUGGAAAUCCUAUAAUGAAAGCAUUUGUGGAACCAACGAUUAUAAAAAUCGUUUUUAUACAGCCGAUUCUUGGAAAUACACUAAAGCUAGUGACAUAUGGGGAAUAUCAAGAAUGGGAGAGUACAAUACAUACAGCGGGGGUGGAUAUAUUUUAAAGUUUGUAGAGGAUAGAGAAAAUGCUUACUUACUUUUAAAAGAGCUCGUUGAACAUGAUUGGAUCAAUCGGAAUACGCGUGCUGUUUUUUUAGAAUUCACGAUGUACAAUCCAAACGUGAACCUUUUUGUCUAUGCCAUGCUACUUACAGAGUUUCCCGAGGUUGGAAGUGCACUCACAUGGGUUGACUCGCGAACAUUUAAACCCGUUUUGAAUUUUUCAUCCCUGGGGUUUGAUCUUGUUUUGGCGUAUUUCAUAUUUGUAUUUUACUAUAUUUUCCUGCUAUUCAAAAUUCUGCGGAACUGUUCUCAGUUUGGUUGUAAGACAUUUUUGAAAGAUCCUUGGAACGUUGUAGAUUGCAUAAGUACAUUUUUGGCAUGUUCCUGUUUUGUGACAAUUGUAGUAAAAUUGGACUACACGAGUAAAGCUGUGGAUAUGUUUUAUGAGGACAAAAUGACUGCUGCCAAUCGAUUCAUAAAUUAUGGUCACAUUGUAAUAUGGGAUAAUUCAUUCAAUUUUUUCUUUGCUGCUCUUGUUUUUGUGUCAACGAUACAAAUCUUGAAAAUUCUAGGGUACAACAAACGUUUUACCGAAAUUCUAUCAGUAAUAGCCUAUGCAAGAAGGGAUCUGCUUUCUUUUGGAUUAAACUUAUCCAUAUUAAUUAUUGCAUUUAUCGUCUUUGCAUAUUUACUUUUUGGCUCAAAAAAUGAAAACUACAGGUCUCUUUUCAUAACGUGUGGGAGUCUAGCCAACACGUUUAUUGGCAAAAAUAAAUUUGAUUCUUUAGUCAUUGCCUCGCCGUUGACAGCCCAAUUCUUUUUAAUGACCUACGUAUUUUUUGUUAUUAUGUUUAUGUUAACAAUUUUCUUGUCGAUCCUGAAUAAAAGUAUUUCAGCAGUUCGAGCAGAGACGGCCGGGGCUUCAAACUCUCUGGGAAUGAUGCACAUCGUGAAAAAUUCAUUCAGAAACUUUGUUGAAUUUUUCUUCAAACCUAAAAAAAUAGAAAAGUUGGAGAAAUAUGUGCUGUUUAAAGCAAAAGACGAAGUACGUAUUCCGUACAAAGCAUUGUCUUUAAGACCAUACCAUGAGACAAUACCGAUUCCGGACGGGAGAAUAGAGUUUCUUUUAAGAAUAUCAGCGAUCAGUCUAUCUGGGGAAGAAAUACUCAUCGAUUAUCAAAUCAUAGACGAAUGUUCCCUUCUGACUGUGGGACAUGGUAUUGCAGAGUUUUCUGGUAUCCCAACUGAUAUUGCUCAUUACGCCAUCACCGUGACAGUAAACGAGGGACUAUCUCAAGAUACCUUCACUCAAAUAUUGACGAUGCAGGAUCAUGAUGAAACAACAAUGAUAAGUAUUAAUUGUAGCUUGAAUUGUAAGGACAAAGCAGCUGUUUCGUCUAAAUUAUCCCUUGUUGCAUGGUGUGAGAGUUGUUCAUUUGACGAUGACCUGCAAUAUGAUUGGCGUUUAUGGCAGGAUGAGAAUGGUUUAGGACGAUUCACGCCAUUACAACAUCUAUUCCAGCAAGGUACCAAUCAGCAAGGGUUUGUGAUACCAAAGAACGUUCUCUCUCAAGGAGCAAGUUAUAUUGUCACACUUUCUGCUAAAUCUGCCGAUAAGACUGAAGGAAAGGUCUUUAGAAAAAUUCAAACAAACACGGCGCCUUCUGGGGGAAUCUGUACAUUUGCUCAUAAGAUAGAUAGCGUACCACUUCUAAGUGUUAAUUGCUCUGGUUGGACGGACGACGAUGAUAAUGGGAAAGCGAUGACCUAUCGAUAUGAGACAGUCACCAAGCGCCAGUUAAACAAAGGAAUAAUUGACGUAAUAAGCAUUCAUUAUGACGGAAGCGAGAGUAGCAUUUUAGAUGUACCAAUUCAGGCAGGGGAUCAAGAUUUUGAAUAUUUAGUAACCGUUCGUACUGAUGAAUCAACGACAGAAGAAGAUGUGAUGAGAGGAAUUGAUCAUCUCCACAUAGACAAUUCUUUAAAUGAACCCAUCUUCAUUGCAUACAGGGAAAAAGCGUUGGAGCUCUUGCAGUGUCUACAGAGUACACUUCAUCCGGGUUGUUCUCAGUUUAACGAUCGAUUCAGUCUGACAGAUAUUCAACAGAUUUACAGCACCCUGGAGGCAAUCACUCGAUAUCAGCCAUACAUAUCUUUAGAAGCAGUUAAUCGUACAACGGAUAUAUUGGUGACAGUUAACGAUUGUCUUCUAUAUGCAACCAGAAGGAAUCCACCCCCAGUGAAGAACACUGAAACUAUUUCUGAUGUUGUAACAGGAGAAACAUUCUCAUCCUCUUUCUACGUUCCCCCAAAUGUCAUAAAUUUUCUGAUGAUUUGGAACAAGUUUGACUUUGACAACGCAUCCGUAUAUGGGAUGCUAAUAGCUGUGUUUGUCAUCUACAUUUUGUUGGCAAUAAUUCUACAUCGACAAGAUGAAAAAAAUAAACAGCACCAGGUUGCAUUCCUUUGUGAUCAUAAGGAGGAACAUUGGUAUUUCUACUUGAUAAACGUAUACACUGGGUUUCGCAGAGGAGCAGGUACAAAAUCUAAUGUCUUUUUUAACUUGACUGGGGAUUAUGGUGACUCAGGAGAUCGUUUUCUGAACGAUGGAAAAACUGAGGAAGAGGACAACCUAAAAGUUGAUCUUGAAAAACUUGGUGUUUUAGCCUCUUAUUCUGGAACAUGGGAAACGGAACAAAAUAUUGAGAAGAGAGAAUUGCCGAGGUGUUCUAAAAUAUCUAAAAACAGGAUUAGAAAACUGCGGAAAAAGUAUGAGGAUGAAACAAACGCUAGAAGCGCCUUGAGGGAGCUGUUGUCUUUCACUAUCUACAUCAUCGCCAUCUAUAUAAUCAGUGUCACAGAAAGGGACAAGUACUCUUUUGGUGUUAAACAGAACAUUGAAAACUAUCUUCUUUACGGUAGAAAUGGAUUUAAUUCGGUGCGUUAUCUAUUCAGAAAUCGCAAAAACUAA